UUAAAUUUUUAAUAAUGAGUUCCAAACAGGGCUCUCUUAAUAUAAAUAUCGCUGAAACAGCUAAGAGACUUAAAAAUGCUACUUGUGGCUUUGAAAAAGUAUGGGAAAGAAUUGUUGGAUAUCCUCUUUGCAAUUCGUGUCUGAACUUGUAUCUUCAUCAAUCAAAUAUUGCUCAUAAAGCUCCAAAUCUGAUCAACCUAAUGCAUGACUCUAUGAGCUACAAUCAUUUAAUGAACUUGGAAGAGCUUAAAAAUGAGAUCACAAAAGUUGUUAAUGAAGCACAUUGAAGGACCUCAGAUUUCUUCAAGUGUAACCACCUAAGGACUAAUUCACAAGCUCAAACACCCACAAAAGGAUGUAACUGAAUGAAAGCCUUGUGUAUGAAAUAUUGCAAAUGUUCUCAGGCUGGCCUCUCCUGCACCCAAAAUUGUUGUUGUAUUGGUUGCAAAAACCCUCAUCGGGAAAUAAAAGGUACCAAGCAGAUCAGUUUUAAGCCCGAAAAGAAGGAUUCAAAGAAUAAUUCCCCACCUAAUUUUCUUGAGAACAUGUCAAAAUUACUUUUGAGUAGUCUCAGAUCUCCAAAGUUCAGUGAAUUGAUCACAAAAAUUUCUCCAGCUCCUCAGCCCUUGAACAGGCUAAGCUCAUUGCUAAACAAAGAAAGUAAGAGAAAUGUUGUUCCUCCUUUCUCGUUAUUUGGAGGCCAAACUGAGCUGCAAGCCCAAUUUAGUAUGCUUACCUCUAACAGUCAUAAUGUUUUACCAAAUAAGACCCAAAAUUCUUUAAAUAGUAUGAUUUUGCAGACUUUGAAAACGAAAGAGAGCAACCAUCAAGCAAGAGAUUCAAUCAAAGCAAGGAUAAGUAUGGGACAGAUCUUAACUCCAAAGGCAAGGUAUUCAGAAGAGAAAGGGUCUAGGAGGAGGGAAACCUGGCUCGAGGUCUCCAGUGAUGAGGAAAACACAUGUGAAGGUGCUUUGAAUGAAAAUUCCUCCAAUACAAAACCAAGAACAAAGAUUGACUAUGUUUCUUUGCUAAAAAAAUUCCGAGAGAAGAGAGAUUUAUCCAUUCUGGACAAAUUUGUUGAAUCUAGGAAUGUUUGCAAAACGAGUGAUGUUAAAGUCAAACCCGCUCCAAGAAUUAUGAGCAGGAAGAAGAUAAAGAACUAUGAUGCUCCUCUAAAAAUCAGAAAUCAAGAGCUCUCAAGUGCUGAAAGCGAAUCAAUUCUGGAGCCUUCGGCUCCAAACCCAUAGAAGCUUAGGAGGAGUUGUCUCCUCUAAUUUUCAUAUGCUUCUAGCUAAGCACUCUUUUUAUUUUUAGAAAUAAAUUUAAUCUCA